UCUUAUGUAAAAAUGUGGUUCGUUUAAAAUAAUUUCCGGAAAAGUUUAAAGUAUAAUUCUACUUUCGUAUCAAAAUGUAUCUUUUUCUAAAACUUCUACUUCUGUUGCCUGCAAUACAGCUACUGUGCGCUUAUACUACCGAAAAUGAGUGCAUGUUUCAGGAUACCUGCGAGCGUUGCCUUAGCACGCACAUCAAUUGCUCCUGGUGCACGGAUAAGUCAUACAACGUGAGGUAUCGUUGCUUGACGCGAGAACUUCUGUUGGCGCACGGUUGCGGUGUGGACAACAUUUACGAAAACGAACCGGAAAUGCAUACGCUGAAGGAUGCGGCCCUCAAAGACUACGAAGACAACGAUGAGCGCGCCAUACAAGUGCAACCGCAGCGCAUUUUUCUCAAAUUGGUGAAAUCUAACACUCAGCGUGUGAAACUGUCCUACCGACCAGCACGUAAUAAUCCAUUGGAUUUGUAUGUGUUAAUGGACUUAACGUGGACCAUGCGUGAUGAUAAAGAAACCCUUGUCAAAUUAGGCGCAGAACUCAGUGAAACAUUAGGUACGCUUACCGAUAACUUUCGUUUGGGUUUUGGCAGUUUUGCUGAUAAACCAGCCAUGCCAAUGAUUAUGCCAGAUUUGAGCAGUAAUCCUUGUGCAUCUGAGCAUGAGGUCUGCGAACCGACAUAUGGCUAUCGGCACCAUUUGGCGCUCACAUCUGAUGUUAGUUCAUUUGUAAAAUCGGUGAAUGAGAGUCGUAUAACAGGCAAUUUAGAUAAUUUGGAGGGUGGCUUGGAUGCGCUAAUGCAAGUGAUUGUUUGUCCAGCAGAGAUUGGCUGGAAGGAUGAGGCACGUAGAAUGGUCAUACUUGUAACAGAUGGUUUUAUGCAUUUCGCUGGAGAUGGGUUGCUAGCGGGUAUAACUCAACCUAAUAAUAAACAAUGUAAUUUAAGUAAGACCGGUGAAUAUUUGGGCACGUUGACUUAUGAUUAUCCUUCGUUGGAAGAGAUCUAUCGUGAAUUAUUGCGGCGUAAAAUUAAUGUCAUAUUCGCUGUUACCGCUGGUGUGGUGAGUACUUAUCACGAGCUAAGUGGUUUAAUGAAAGAGAUUAGUAAUGUCGAAAUUUUAAGUACUGAUUCUUCAAAUAUAUUAGAACUCAUUAAAAGAAGUUAUGAAAGUUUCAUUAAGCGCGCACAAUUCACUGACAACAGUCCUUCAUUUAUUAAACUUGCAUACGAGACAGAUUGUGGUGGACAAUAUGAUCGAUUGAGACAGCGGAAUUAUUGCAAUAAUGUACAAAUGGGAACUCAAGUUGAUUUUUAUGUGAAUAUUACGUUAAUUGAUUUUCCAAAGGAUGGCGUAUAUACUCACAAAAUACGCAUUGAGGAAUCUAGCUUGACGGAAUAUCUUGAAAUCGAAUUGGAAAUACAAAAACCGUGUCCUUGUAAUGAAGAAUCGGUGCCCGAUGAUGAAUAUGGACGAUUUCAAUGCACCGAAAAUGGUUAUUUACAGUGUGGCAUGUGUCAAUGUGACGAGGGUUGGACUGGCACGUUUUGUAGUUGUUCCACUCAGGGCACAAACACCACGACUAAUGAGGCUAUAGAAAUGAGUUGUCGGGAACCGAAUUUGGAUAAUAAAGCUGAACUAAAUCCAGUCUGUUGGAAUCGUGGUGAAUGCGACUGUGGUACUUGCUUAUGCCUGCCUGGUUUCAUGGGCCCGUACUGUGAAUGUCUUGAAUGCGAUGUGAACUGUGAUCCUGAUCGCGCUGAUUGUAUUUGUGGUAAAUGUGUAUGCAAAUAUGGUUGGUCUGGAACACGUUGCAAUUGCAAAGAAUCUUUUGAUGGCUGUAUUGGUCCUACUGGUGAAAUUUGUUCUGCGCGUGGUUCCUGCCUAUGCGGCACUUGUGAGUGCUACGAUUCAUAUCGAGGCAAUUUCUGCGAGAUCGACAGUGAAACAGAAAAUAAGUUAUGUACUUUUUAUGAACCAUGCGUAACUUGUUUGAUCGAACAAAAACUAGGUACGGCGGUAUGUCAGAAUAUAAGUGAAAUUUGUUCGAGUCAAAACGAAAAUGAACGUUUCACUUACGCUUUCAUCACAGAGGAAAUUGAUAGUGACGUUCGUUGCUUGGCUCGAAUUGAAAAUCAACAUGGGAUCAAGUGUGAUCACUUCUUCACAUAUCAAAGUUUGGGUCAGUCAGAAAACUACUUACUGAUUCAGGCCAAUCAGUGUGAACCAGUAAAUAAGGUAGCAUUCAUUGGUUUCAUAUCGGUAGCCACAUUUCUUCUCGGAUUCCUCAUAAUUUUAUUGGCUUGGAUGUGUAUAAAAGCAAAAGAUGCUAGAGAGUAUGCGCGUUUUGAGGAAAAUCAACGCAAUAGUGUUCUUAUGGAAAGUCCAAUCUACAAAGAUCCAAUUACACGCUACGAAGUACCCAAAGUCUUAAAACAAAGCAAUAGCAACCCCUUUUUGGAUUAGUCUAGUUUAAGUUAGUUUUGACAUUAUUUAAUAAUUUUAGUUUAUACGACAUGACAGUAAAAAGUUACAGUUCCAAGGGGAACUAUAACAUUCGAAUUAGUUUUUUCAUGAGCAUUA